AGUUUUGGCUCUCCAGGGCCUGAGCACAAUAGUCUAAGCCGACGUGCGUCGGAGCACGGGGUCAAUCUCCUUGGCUCCCUCUCCGCCUGGAGCCAGCAUGGUUGUCAAGAUGGACCCCCAGCGGCGGCGCCUCUCGGUGUCGCAGUCAGCGGAGGCAUCACCAGCCAUCGGUGGAGGCGACACGAGGAUACAGGACCUCGGUCUCGGCGAGGUCCUGGAUUCUGCCCAGAAGGAGGGCCGCAGGCACGUGCUGAUAUCCUCGAACACGGACGGCGACCUGAAGAGGCGCGCGUCCUUCCACGAGAAAGACAGGCAGGUGCUGGCCCCGGGCGUCAACGAGGAGGCGAUGGUCCAGUGGGCGAAGGAGCAGGGCGUGGCCUGGAGCUGCAGGAAGGGCCUCAAGCCGGAGUCGCCCAACCAGGACAGCUUCACUGUCCUCAUGGUGGAGCGCGACUUUAACCUCUUUUGCGUCUACGACGGCCACGGGCCCAUUGGCCACGACGUCUCGGAUUUUGUUCGUACGUGUCUCGUGAAGUUGUUUGUACAAAGCAAGGACCGCGUCACUGACACCAAGAAGGCAUUCGAAACUAGUUUCGGGGCGUGUCAAGAGGAAGUUGACACCAGGACGGGGAUGGAUGCGUCCCUGAGCGGAACAACGGUCACCAUGGCGUACCACGACUUAAAGGCUGACAAGUUAUGGAUUGCUCAUGUUGGUGACAGUCGAGCUGUGCUUGCGAAGAAAGAAGGUACAGAAGUAGAAUGCGAGGAUUUGACGGUCGAUCACAAACCCGACCUGGCGUCCGAGCGUGCCCGCAUUGAAAGUUCAAACCCGCCUGGGAGGGUUCUCUUUGAUGGGUUUUACAAUCACCGCGUCUUCUCGAAGAACGGCAUGUACCCAGGUCUGAACAUGUCUCGGGCCAUCGGGGACACAGUCGGGCACAAGGAAGCCGGCCUGUCCGCCGUGCCUGACGUCAAAGAGAUCGAUAUGGCGGACGUGCGGAGGAAGAACCCCAAAGCAGUGUACACUUUGAUACUCUGCACCGACGGGGUAUGGGAAUUCAUUGACUCCAAAGAGGCCGCCGAGAAGGUGACCACUGAAAAGAUCCAGGAGGCGACAGAAGCGCUCGUGAAGGCGAGCUGGGACAAGUGGAUGAGCGACUCCGAGGGGGAGAUCUCGGACGACAUCACCGCCAUUGUGGCCCGGCUGCCCUCGGCUGCCCUGGCUUCUUGAGCCCUGCCUUGCACGACACGUUCGCGCGAGAGGGCCGCGCGCACUGGACUGGAUGCCUGGAUGCAAAAUGCUCUCCUCCUCCUCCUCCUCCU